UGCUGUAUUCUCCUCUAUAAGGGGUGGGAUGAUGUUUGUCAGAGACGCUUUUAAGUGGCAAAACCUGCCAGGUUUCAUCCACACAGCGAUUUAUUAGAAAGGAACACAUUGUGCCCUCCUUGCUUGACUCCAAAAUGGAAGUCUACCUUGUGCUGUGCUUUAUAUGUAUGCUGCCUAUUCCUGCAAAAAGCAUAACUACGGUUGACUGCAAGCCAGCUAUUAAUGAGAGUCUGGCAGCAAAAAUCACCAUCAACACUGUGAUCCUUCAGCAGCCAAGAUGUUGCUUUGAUAACCUCACAAAUUUGCCUUGUACCUCUAACACAUGUGAGAUAUGGCUGGUGCCUGCAGUUGACACAGGGCUCAGUACAUUUGAUGCAAACAAAGCCAGCUCAGCUAUUCUCAGUCUUUCCCCGUACCCUACAGCUUUCACUGGCAGCAGCCCUGCAAAUUAUUUUCUGACCAAAGUUGGUCUUCAGAGUGAUUUCCCCUGUGUGUCCCCCUCUCCUGGUGGCUACUUCAGAGUCGGAGCAGAUGGUGCUUGCUCCACCACUAACUGCAAUGGAUUUUUACCUCAGGGGUCAUCUCCAAGCUUCAAGUAUCUUCUUGUUGACUCAGUUAACAAGACAGUGCUUGCAGAGACAAAGUGGUCUGACAGCAUCGCACUCUACACCUUAAAAGACCCUGGCACUCUCGGUGAUGGUUUUGCGGGAAGAUCUGGUGCUAUGGUCAUCAUCACCACACUUUUGAGUGUUGCUGCGGCUGUGCUUUUGCUUUUCCUUAUCGUGGUUCUAGCACUGUGCUGCUGUGGAGGUAAAAGCAAAGGAUCUGGUUCAGUGGUUGGUUCAGUGAUGGGAUCUUUCCGCAUACCCCGCUACGACACACACCACCUGAAAGACCCCGCCCCGUACGACAACCCCGCGUAUGAGAAAGAAAGGAAGUACACCACGCAAGACACCUUGCCCAAGACUAAAGCCACCAGUGCUGUGAAUCCUGUCACACAGGAUACCAUCAAACUGCAGAAGAUAUGAACGCAAAGAACUCAAAGAAACGGAAACGUGAGAUCACAAAUGCUAAUGUGGCUAAAAAUGAGUGGAGGCUAGUAGGGUAGGAAAGCAUGGUAUGACCGUUAUUAAUAGCUUUUAUGUAUGAUGUAGGGUGAGCAAUAUUAAAGGUAAGAUGCUACAAUAACCUUUUCUGUGUGCCAUGUGUAUUAUGACUACUUAAACCAGUCACAAACACCAAUCAGCCAUAGCAUUAAAACCACCUGCCUAUUAUUAUAGGGUGAGUCCUACUUGAGCCACCAAAACAGCUCCUUGAGGCACAGAGAAACAAAAGGAGAGAUACUGUAGUCUCUGUAGCUGAGCUGGCUAGGAUGGAAAAGAUGGCUUCUUUAGGAUGGAAAACACUCUGACUGUCUUGAAAAUAUGAAGUUGCAAGGUGCGAUUAUCAUGGAUUGUUUUAUUAAGCCUCGAGUGCCCAUGAGCUGUUGUUGGGAUCAUUGUCAUAAGACCUGCCUAAUGUUUUGGAGCUCUGAAAUUAUCAGUUUUGUUAAAGUCACUAAGAUACUUAGAUCCAAUCCCACUUCAAACUGCCCCAGUUCUUGUUAAGAGGGGUAGGGUGAAGUGUUAGGGCUACAAACAGAGAUUUUUCAGAGGCACACUCAAAACAAGAUGGCAACACAAACAACCAAAUAACCCAAACACAUUUGUGUUUGUUCCUUGUUAAAAUUUAAGAUAACCACUUUGUUACCAUAGUGUAAUGUGUAGUUUCAAUGUUUUAUGGCCAUUAUCUUCAUAACAAGCAUAGAAAAAUCGCUAGUAGUUGUCUAAGUAGCUAGCUAGCUAACUUUCCAUCUUAAAUGGUGCAACAGACUGCAGAGACUGCAGCAUUUAAUGAGAACUGAAAAAUAAUAAAAUAAAAUAAAGUGUAAUAAAAGCUAAUUUUAACUCCCCUUCACAGAGGAAUUAAGAAUUAAACAGUAAUAAUGAAUUGCUGCACCACCUGCCCCAUUUCUGAAGGCAUACAAUGCCCUAAAGUUAACUACUUAACCAGCAGCUAAGUUACUAAACUUAUGGCUAAAACUAAACUAGCACUCCAGUAUGAAAACAGUCUGGAUUGCUUUAUGUGAAUGUUUGGUAAAGCGAGAUGACGUUCAUUGGAGUAGUGCAGCGGCCGGGAGGUAACAUACAGUAAGCCUUUAGGAGCAGGUGCAAGUAGGAGGGACUCUUGUGGGCAAUCCUUCAUAUGCUUGCUACCUAAUAUCCUGGCUCUUAAUCGGUGUCACACAGUAAUCUUCUCCUGACUUUGUUUUUAGUGUUAUGGCUGAUCAGUGUAUAGUAGUUACAUACAAAAUACUGUACGUACAAGUUUGUCCAUUCUCACUUGUUUGCAACCACAGACAAACUAAAUGUUGUGAUACACAUGGCUCAUUAUAAUACUGUUCAAAAGUUUGGAAUCAUUUUUUAAACUUUCUAUUAUAUUAAAUCAAUAGUUUAAAAGGCCUGUUAUUUAGCAAAAAAUAUAUAUAACAUGUAUAUAUAAAUUUUUGGCAAUAAGCGACCACAUUUGUCCAGAAUCACAUAAACAUGUGUUUUGUUGGCUAGAGUUUACCUUAAAUUUAAAUAAUCAUCUUUUUAAAAUAAUCCAGAUAAAAAGAUGCAUGGUGCUCAACAACUAUAGAUACAAAUGAUGGAUUGAACUAAAACAUGCAUGAUCUCAUUAAAGAUCAGGGGAUGUUGUGUAGAAUUGAUUCGGAAAUUCUAACAACCUACACAGACCCAAGGUUCUAUGAUUUAUCAGCUUAAAUGCACACAGAGUUAAAGACAGUAAGAAAAUGUGGUUUCUGGCAUGUAAAACAGCUCAUUCUCGCAGGGGUUUAACUUAGGUGGAUCAGGUCUGUUAAUCAUGAUGAGAUGUCAACUUAAGAUGACACGACAUGAUAAGAAUUAAAUAGAACCCAUGAUGGGUUUUAGAAGGGGGAUGGAAAGGAUGAGUAAUGUGUCAUCAGCAUAGCAAUACUAGGAGAACCCAUGAGAAGAUUUAGUGUUCAACAGAUGACAGUUUGGCCUUGCAGUAUGGUGCCUCUUAAUAACCGCUGAGAGGGCAGCUUGUGCCAGUAUGAAGACAGUCUGCUUGAAUUCUGUACAGACACUGCAUUCAAGAGUCUCUAAGAGGAAACAAAGGUCAGAAACUUGACUGUAUUUGCUGAUGCAUGAGCUGUCUAUAAUGUAGAAGUUGACUUCUUUAGGAUGAACAACACUAUGGUGAUCUUGGAGACAUUACGUAGACAUAGUUCUAAGGACAACACAGUAAAUUCACCAGUGUUUGAUUAAUUAGUGUUGAAUUAACACUGAGAAUGUAAAAUUUAAACUUAACAGUGUUGAUUUAACACUGGCAAAUUUACUGUGAAGGAGCUGUUUAAGUUGUAAUCCUAAAUAAAAAAAUCGUUUUCAAAUUUCAAAUAAUAUCAUAUCAGGUACUUUUUAAAAGGGGUUCUAUAGUUAAGGCAGUGGCUCUGUAUAAAACCAAAACAACUUAUAAUAAUUUAAUAGUUAUUUAAGAAUAUAUUAUAUAGUAAUUUUUCAUCACAGUAAGGAACAAAUGAAACAGGCAAAAAUAUGCAUAUUUGUAUUUGGUCUACUUAAAGAGUACGAACAGUAAAUACAAGCAGCAUGUUUUGAACAGUUUUUCCAAACUUUUGAACUAUAAAAUAAUGUAAUACAUUUGCUCACUCUUACUUCUUAGCUACAGUAGCAUUUUGAUUAAACUAGUGCUUUCAUUUACAACCAAUGGUCCAGACUGGUCCAGUUGGUAAUCUCACUCUUUUUUAUAAGCACAUUUUUUACUUUAUUUUUAAUGAUAUUGUGGGCAUAUUCAUUCUGAUUUAGAGAAGCAGAAAAUUGCCAAAGAACAGUAGAGAUACAUUAAACUAAAUGUAUUUCACAUUGCACAAAAAAAAUAAUUAUUUCUGCAGCUUAAGUUCUGUAUUGUAACCAUGUACCAAAUCAUUUGUAAUAAUUUAGAUAUGCAUAUAGUCCAGUAUUGUUGGUAACUGCAAAAGUAAAACUGAAAAUAGUACAAGUACUAAAGGGAAUAUACUGUCUAUUUUAUCUCUGUAGAUUAAAUCAAAUCUAAAAAUGAUCUUUAAAAAAAAAAAAAAAAAAGACUUGUUCACCAAAGUCCAAGCAGAUGUGACGGAACUGCAAUUAAUGUGUAAUGAACCGUGAUGUUCACUAGGUGGAGCUGCUUGACACAAAGCUCAAUUAACUUUCUAUCUGGUAGAGAGCUGGAGUGCUGGGGUUUAGGAUGAUUUACAGGGUGUCACAAGUGAUUAGAAGCAAAAGGGCACAAAAAUGUCCCUCAAAUAGUCGUGCAAUUGUAAUAAAUCAGGCCCGGGAACAGAGUCCAGCACAGUCAGAACAUUUUCUCUGCUCUGUCACACUUGCUUAACCUGACCAUUAAAAGAGGAGUCAAAUCAGAUGUGUGAUUAAAGUAAUUACAAUACUGUGCUGAUCUCUGGCCCUGCAGAAUAUAGUGACAUUUUUUUUUUCUAAAUUUGAAUGGAAGAUAUUGUAAAAUAUGAUGCUUUCCUAUAUGAGCAUUUCUAUUGGUAUAUUAAUGCAGAAUCAUUUACACAGUGUACAGAGCAGUUAUCGGGUUCAAACACUGUAAAAAAAAAACUAUAUAGCAGCAAUAUGAUGCAGGCUAUAAAAUGGUCUUUAAAAUGGUAACAGUGUACAGAAGUUGC